CACUGCAUUUCCAGACACGAUAUUUGUAUUAGCAUGUAAUUAUUUACUGUCCCAACGCUCAAAUGCUACUGGCUGGAAUGCGUUUAAUCCCCAGGAAGCUGUGGGACUUCCGUCUUCCAAGACGGCAGUUAUCAAUAACUUGUCGCGGCAAGUGAAGGAAACAAUUCCAGAUGAACAGCGCCAACUUGAGCUUCGUCAUGUGAACUUUGAUUUGAAUGCGCUCUGUGACGUCUCAGCGGCUGCGGGCCCUGAACCGUCUCCAGUAACGGCAGUCGAGAAGAUGGAAGGCGGGUUUUCCAAGGCAUUUCUGAUGAAAAGGGAAAAUGGCACAGAAGUAAUCGCAAAGUUACCCUGUCGGAAUGCGGGACCACCAAAAUUAACAACAGCUUCCGAAGUGGCUGUUCUACAGUAUUUAAAACAAAAUACAAAUCUUCCAGUUCCAGGCGUCUACUCGUGGAGUUCCAAUAUUUUGAAUCCUGUCGGAACCGAGUACAUCGUAAUGGAGAAGGCUGGAGGAGUUCCACUAUUCCAACAAUGGGGCAAGAUGUCGCAGCUCAGCAAACUAGACCUCAUCAAAGGCUUGACUAAACUUGAGAAUCAACUCGCGUCUAUUCCAUUCCCGGCAUAUGGCAGCCUGUAUCUUCGUGAUCCUUGCCCGGAUCUCGUCCGGUAUCAGCCUCUAGAUGCCGCUGAGGAUUCUGCAAGCUCAUACUGCGUAGGGCCAUCGUGUGAACGUGCAUAUAUGCUUCAAACCAGCGAUAGCUCAAUGGAUCUUAAUGUUGAUAAGGGCCCAUGGAGUUCCAUAUCAGCCUUUGGAAAAGCCAUUGCAAACACACAAGUCAAUCGCAUCACCAAUGGGGUGCAAACGCAGCUGGGAACAUUCCACCACGGAACCAGCGCUGAGCAGAUAGCUCUCCUCAGGGACACCAUUCAAAUCAUGGAAUUGCUGUACACGCACCCGAUCCUUUCCCGUCACGUACAGCCUAUCCUGUGGCAUUCCGACCUGCACAUGGGAAACAUUUUAGUAUCACCUGAUGACCCGUCACGAAUCGUUUCGUUGAUCGACUGGCAGUCAAUAUUUAUUCUCCUCGCAUUUCUACAAGCUCAAUGGCCGGAAUUCUUAAAGCCGCCUGCAAACUAUCCAGAGGGCUUUGUGAAACCCACGCUUCCCGAUGGCUUUGAAAAUCUAGACUCUGGCGAUAAGGCCCUUGCCACACUUGAGUGGAACCAGGCUACAAUAGCCAAAGCAUACGAAGUGUCAAAUUUUUUGGAGAACAGACCGGCACAUAACGCCAUGAACGUACCGCGGGUUUUCAAGGAACUCUUCGUUAGAUGUGGCGAAGUAUCCGAGUAUGGGGUCAUACCGCUACGAACCUGUCUCAUUGAAAUAUUCGAAAACUGGAUCCCAUUGGGAUUCACUGGCGUUUGCCCGUAUUCAUUCAGUGAUGCUGAAAUUCGGGAGAACGAGCUGCGAUUCCAAGAUUACCCUAGGUGCAUCUCCCCAGAGUUGGAUUUUGAGGAGAAGCAGAGGCAGAACAAGGAGCUUCUCGGGAUGUUUAUCGAGGGCAUGGAGGGAGAGAAGACGGUAGACGAGGCAACAAAGAUGUGGCCAUUCUCGAAUGGAUUGUAG